UAACUUUUCUCACGAUGUGUCUUGCAGUUUGUUCAGCGUGGUCCUGGAGAUGAUGACCAAAGACGGCGAGUCAAGCGGCCAAUCAGGAGGCAAACCUGGGGGCUUUGACGUCAAGGCCCUGCGAGCCUUCCGUGUGCUCCGCCCCCUUCGCCUUGUCUCAGGAGUUCCCAGUCUCCAGGUGGUGUUGAACUCCAUCAUCAAAGCCAUGGUUCCUCUGCUGCACAUCGCUCUGCUGGUCCUCUUCGUCAUCAUCAUCUACGCCAUCAUCGGGCUGGAACUCUUCAUCGGCAAACUGCAUGCUACCUGUUAUACCAUCAAGACAGGUGUGCUGGCAGAAGAAGAGCCGAGGCCGUGUGGCGUGUCAGGAAAUGGCCGCCAUUGUGCGCUGAACACCAGCGUGUGCAGAGAAGGCUGGCAAGGUCCCAACAACGGCAUCACCAACUUUGACAACUUCCUCUUUGCCAUGCUCACUGUCUUCCAGUGCAUCACCAUGGAGGGCUGGACCGACGUGCUCUACUGGAUGAACGACGCAAUGGGCUUUGAGCUGCCGUGGGUCUACUUUGUCACUCUGGUCAUCUUUGGAUCCUUCUUUGUUCUGAACUUGGUCCUGGGAGUCCUCAGUGGAGAGUUCUCCAAAGAGCGGGAGAAGGCCAAGGCGCGAGGUGACUUCCAGAAGCUCCGUGAGAAGCAGCAGCUGGAAGAAGACCUCAAAGGUUACCUGGACUGGAUCACGCAGGCCGAGGACAUGGACCCCGACAACGAGGACCAGGGAGACGAGGAAGGCAAGCGCAAAAUGAGUGUUCCCAGCAGUGAGACAGAGUCCAUGACCACAGAUCAUCACAGUGACAAAGAUAAGAAGUGGCUGUGCUGUUCUCCUCUCUGUCGCCAGGGGCGCCGCUGGAACCGCCUGUGGCGCAGGAAGUGUCGGGUGGCGGUGAAGUCUGCGGUCUUCUACUGGAUGGUCAUCGUCUUGGUCUUCCUCAACACGCUCACCAUUGCCUCCGAGCACCACCAGCAAGCCCAAUGGCUCACUCGCCUUCAAGACGGCGCCAACAAAGUCCUGCUGGCCAUGUUCACGCUGGAGAUGCUGCUGAAGAUGUACAGUUUGGGGCUGCAGGCCUACUUGGUGUCUCUGUUCAACCGCUUCGACUGCUUCGUGGUGUGCGGCGGCCUGGUGGAGACCGUCCUGGUGGAGCUGGCCAUCAUGUCUCCGCUCGGCAUCUCCGUCUUGCGCUGCGUCCGCCUGCUGAGGAUCUUCAAGGUCACGCGCCACUGGGCGUCUCUGAGCAACCUGGUGGCCUCGCUGCUCAACUCCAUGAAGUCCAUCGCCUCCUUGCUGCUGCUCCUCUUCCUCUUCAUCAUCAUCUUCUCCCUGCUGGGCAUGCAGCUCUUUGGGGGCAAGUUCAACUUUGACCAGACCCUCACCAAACGCAGCACCUUCGACAACUUCCCCCAGGCUCUCCUCACCGUCUUCCAGAUCCUGACGGGAGAGGACUGGAACAUGGUGAUGUACGACGGCAUCAUGGCCUACGGUGGUCCCGCCUCCUCGGGAAUGGUGGUCUGCAUUUACUUCAUCAUCCUCUUCGUCUGCGGCAACUACAUCCUGCUCAACGUCUUCUUGGCCAUCGCCGUGGACAACCUGGCCGACGCCCAGAGUCUCAACACGGCCCAGGAGGAGGAGGAGGAGGCCAGGAAGAGGAGGAAGAAGGAACUGAUGCUGCUGCACACUGUGGACCACAUGCAGGUGUCGGUGGAGGAGGAAGAAGAAGUGGGUUCUGCCUUCAAGUCUUCAGCGAGGCCACGCCCCAAAAGGCUGUCUGAGCUGUCCAUCAAGGAGAAGACUCCGCCCAUCCCAGACGGCAGCGCCUUCUUCAUCUUCAGCAGCACCAACCCGUUGCGAGUGAGAUGUCACCAGCUGAUCCACCACCACAUCUUCACCAACCUCAUCUUGGUCUUCAUCAUGCUCAGUUCUGUUUCUCUGGCUGCUGAGGACCCCAUACGCACUACCUCUGCCCGGAAUACUAUCCUGGGUUAUUUGGACUACGCCUUCACCGCCAUCUUUACUGUGGAGAUCAUCUUCAAGAUGACAGCAUUUGGAGCUUUUCUUCAUGAAGGAGCUUUUUGUCGCAAUUACUUCAACCUGCUGGACCUUCUGGUGGUGGGCGUGUCCCUCAUCUCCUUUGGGGUCCAGUCUUCUGCCAUCUCCGUGGUCAAGAUCCUGCGGAUACUCAGAGUCCUGCGACCCCUCAGGGCCAUCAACCGAGCCAAAGGCCUCAAGCAUGUAGUCCAGUGUGUGUUUGUGGCCAUCAGGACAAUAGGUAACAUCAUGAUCGUCACCACGCUGCUGCAGUUCAUGUUUGCCUGCAUUGGAGUGCAGCUCUUCAAGGGCAAGUUUUAUCGCUGCACUGAUGAUGCCAAGUCCAGUCCUGAGGAGUGCAAAGGAACCUACAUCCUGUACAACCUUGGCAACACGGCACUUCCUGUCAUCAAGGAGAGGGUGUGGCACAACAGCGACUUUAACUUUGACAACGUCCUGAUGGCCAUGAUGGCGCUCUUCACCGUGUCCACCUUUGAAGGAUGGCCCACUCUGUUGUACCAGGCCAUGGACUCCAGCAAGGAGAACUUGGGUCCGAUCUACAACAACCGUGUGGAGAUCUCCAUCUUCUUCAUCAUCUACAUCAUCAUCAUCGCCUUCUUCAUGAUGAACAUCUUCGUGGGCUUCGUCAUCGUCACCUUCCAGGACCAAGGAGAGAAGGAGUACAAGAACUGUGAGCUGGACAAGAACCAGUCCAUCACUACAUCAGAGAAGUUCUCCACUAGAGCCUGCUGGUACUAACCCGAAGUCUGGAGAACUUGGCAUCAGGAAGGACAUCUUGCACCCAUCAUGG